AUGGCACUCGUCGUUUUGCAUCCGGCAAACAGAGUCAUACUCAGCCACGUCAACCAUUAUAAAACAUUCAAGUCCGCGUUUACGUGCAUUGUACCACUGACCAUAAUGGCACGAGUCUGCUGUAAUGGAACCCGAGCAAUUCCUAGCCAACAACACUUGAUUGAUACUAUCGCUCUGCCUCAACAUCAGGUUCCCAACACAUCUCUGGAUAUGCCCGGCCCAUUAUCCAGCAGUAGUGAAAGUGUGUUGGCUCCAUCGUCAAGUCCCAUGCCAACACAAGCAGCAACACCACAGCCGGCACCGGCGCCAGUGCCAGCGCCAGUGCUAGACCUCAAUCUCGCGGAUCUUGAGCUGAUGAUGAACUGGUACAGCAUCGACAUACACCCUUUCUCGACCGACUUAGAAUACAAAAUUGUCUGGCAGGAAGCACUUCGGCGGGAAUCGCUCACAUAUCCGUUCUUAAUGCAUGGAAUUCUAGCGGUAUCUGGUCUUGAGCUUGGACGAAGAUCAGGGUGUAACGCCUCCAAUAUCAAACAACAGCUAUAUCUGGCCCUCGCCCUUGGCCACCACUCUCGGGCUGUGGCUCUAUCCCAACCAUUACUAGGAAAUAUCAAUGAAGAAAAUUGCAAGGCUGUGUUCCUGGUUUCGAUCCUUCUUACUGUCUUCGCAUUUGGGUCCUCGCAGGUCUUGAACUCAGGGGAUGCCUGCAACUCUAUCAACCAGCUCCAUCUUGUCUUUCUUCUUGCAAGAGGUAUGCAGCAGGCAUAUUCUACUGCAGCAGAUCAGAUUAAGGGCGGUGCAUUUGAUGUAAUCAUGAAACUAGACGAUUACACCCCGUGGCUACCCCACGAUGCAAUGACAGCGUUACGGAAGCUCAGCCAACACAAUAAAAACUACAAACGAUACACUGUCCAGAAUGAGAAGAAUGCUUACGAGACUGCCAUAGACCUAGUUCAGUUCAUAUUCAAGCAGAUUCACGGGGGUUCGACAAGACCUAAUCCAGUGAUUACAUGGGCAACAACGGUGCCUCCGCUCUACCUGGAGCUUAUGAGGGCACGUAGGCCCAUGGCACUUGUUAUACUGGCUCAUUACUGCGUCGCCCUGCACCACCUUAGAGGGAUAUGGUGGGUCGAUGGGUGGAGUGUUCCACUCCUGCGGGAAAUUUGGUCAUCGCUUGAUGGGGAGUGGAGGAAAUCGCUUCGAUGGGUGGUUGCAGUGACGAAAUUCACACCUUAG